AUGAGGAAGACCGUCCUCAGCCUCGUCUGGACCGAUACUUUCAAGACGGCGCCGGUGUCAGCGUGGGUAGGGUCAGAAAACCUGCUUCCGAGGGCGUCCCGCUGCCGCUCGGGGAUCUCUCGGGAAGGUCAGAAAGCUGAUAUGUUCUGGCCCAAACGGGGCCCCGAAUUCCUCAAGAAGUUUUCGGUCAGGAUGGACAUUUCAAUGGAUUCGAACAACUCGACUGGCCCGGCGGACCGAAGAUACGAAAAGUUUUUAGAGUGGCUGAGGAAGGCGAGAGGAGUCGAGCUUGAAGAGACGAUCUCGGCGCACGAGUUCCGGGAGACGGGCGAAGGCUGGGGCCUGAUCGCGGAGACAGAGAUCAGGAAAGGGACGACCUUGUUCAGUAUUCCUCGGCCAGGACCUUCGGCCAACUCGCCCCUACUGUCCGUCCAGACCUCCCGUCUCAUGGCCGUCUUGAGCGCCCAGGAACGCGCCCGUAUCUCUCGCAAUUGGCUCCCCCUCCUCCUCGUACUGCUCUGGGAACGCGUUCAGGCUAUCCUCAACCCUCUCGAUCCCCUCCGUUGGGCGCCGUAUUUUGAUACCCUACCUGAAGAGUUCGAUACCUUGAUGUUUUGGAAUCAGGAUGAACUCGCUGAAUUAACUGGUUCUACCAUCUUAGAUAAGAUAGGAAAAGAAGAGGUCGAAAAGGAUUAUGAGACGGUGAUCAAGCCGAUGAUUGAAUCCCGGGCGGAUCUAUUUCCAGUUCCGGAGGGGACGAGUUGGGAGGAGAAUUAUGGGAUAGCGAUGUACCAUCGCAUGGGCUCCUUAGUUCUCUCGCGCUCGUUCCAUGUCGAAGCCAGCCCGUCAAACGGGGAGGAUCCAGACGAGGGCCACGAUGUGUCGAUGGAAUCCGCCCACAGUCUUGUCCCCGAAUCAGUCGACAACGGACACUCAACUGAGCCCAUCCAAGAAACGCUCGAUCAUCACUCUGAACUGGGGAUUGAGGGUGAAGACGAAGACGAAGAUGAGGAGAGGGAAGCUGUCGAGGAUAUCGCUAUGGUCCCUUUGGCCGAUUUACUCAAUGCUAAGACUGGCUCUGAAAAUGCAAGACUAUUCUACGAAACCGAUUGUUUGAAGAUGAAAGCAACGAGAAAUAUCAAAAAAGGCGAACAAAUCUAUAACACCUAUGGAGAUCCACCGAACUCGGAUCUACUAAGACGUUAUGGACAUGUUGAUGAUCCCAACCGAUUCGAUGUGGUCGAGAUCUCUAUCAAAACCUGUGUUGAUGUGGCCCAGUCUCAUCUUUCUUCUCAGUCAGCUCCCAUGGUAUCAUCUGAAGGACUCCAACAUCGACUUGAUUGGGCCCUAGAGAUGGGAAUCGAUGAUGUGUUCGAAGUGGCAACCGAAGUGGAAAGAAAGAAGAAUGGAAGCCCAUUACUGCCUGAAGAAUUAACCUGUCUUCUGAAGAUCUUGUUGUUGUCUGGAGAGGAGUUUGAGGAUCACAAAUCGAAAGAGAAGCUACCGAAACCAAAGCUGAACAACCCGGAUGUGAUCACCUUGGCACAAAAAGUGAUUGAUCGACGGAUGAAGGAUUACCCUACUUCGAUCGAUGAGGAUGAAAGGUUAUUGGAAGGCCUACGUUCGACGAGCCGUCACAGUCGUGCUGGCGACAGCUUGAAUCGCAGGAUCAAAGCCAUCAUCGUCAGGAAAUCCGAGAAGCAAAUCUUGGCCCAACUCCGUGAUUCAUUGGUUCAGAAACUAGGGUCCUAUCAACAAGGCCAGGAUCAAAACGGCGUCCAUCAUCUUCAAAAAAGGAAAAUCAACUGUGAUACGGAUCUUGAUCUUAAUCAGUGCCAAGCAGCUAUCAAGUCGAGGAAAACCCAUUGA